AUGCGUGGCCUUUGGUCGUCAUCCCUCGGCGCCGGCAUCGAGCGUGAGGUGGAGACUCGCAAUGGGGCCAUGGUCCCUGCUUUGCGACGGCUGCAGUGCCGACUCGGCCGCCUCUCGCCGACGACAUCGUCCUGCUUCCUCCACCGCGUCGAGCAUGGCACAUGCGAUACCCGCACCGAUACCGAUACCGGUAACGAGACCGAGGCCAACCUCCACCCCGACGCCGACGGCGGCACCGACGUCGAGAUGCCGUCCAAAGUUGCGUCCGUCGAGCCGCCCGCCACCGUCGUCGUGACGGGUGCCAACGGAUUUAUCGCCCAGCAUUGCGUGGCGGCUCUCCUCGAGACCGGCUAUCGCGUCGUCGGCACCGUCCGGUCCGCGUCCAAGGCCGACCUCGUCAAGGAGACGCAUCGUUGCCACGCCCGUCUCGAAAUCGUCGUCGUCGAGGAUGUCACCUCGACCCGGGCCUACCUCGAUGCUCUGCGCUCGUCGCGGCCGAGCGCCAUCCUUCACCUGGCCGCGCCCUUCCGCUAUGACGCCACCGACUUCGAGCGAGAUCUCAUGAGGCCGGCCGUCGGGGGCUCCGUCGCCGUGCUCGAGGCCGCCGCAGUGCUCGGGAGCGUCAGGAGGGUCGUGCAGACCAACAGCUUCGCCUGCAUCUACGACGCCGCUGCCGGACCGUGCCCCGGGAGGACCUAUUCCGCCCGCGACUGGAGCCCGCUGACGUACGAGGACGGCGUGCGGGCGGCCGACGUGCCGACAGCCUAUCGGGCGAGCAAGGCGGCCGCCGAAAAGGCCGCCUGGAGAUACAUGCGCGAGCGCAAGCCUGCCUUUGACCUCGUCAGCCUCUGUCCGACCAUGGUCUUCGGGCCCUUCCUGCCCGCGUCGAGACCCAAGACCAUCGACGAGGUCAACACGAGCAACCGGCUCGUCUGGUCCGUCCUCUCCGCCGGCCCGAGCCGUCAGGUGCCGCCCACGAGGGGCCCCGUCUGGGUCCACGUCCGGGACGUUGCCGACGCUCACGUCGGUGCCAUUCGCGUGCCCGAAGCCGGAGGGCGUCGCUAUCUGCUCAGCGGCGGCGUCUACUGCAACCAGGAGCUGGCCGACCUGAGCCGCGGCCUCGCCGGCAAGAACCUGUCCCGGAUACCGCUCGGCGAGCCGGGCAGGAGGGAGAGCGAGACGCACUUCGACGUCGACGCCACCGAGGCCGAGAAGGUCCUGGCCCUCCGCUGGAGGAGCCUCGAGGACUGUCUGAGCGAGCUGGUGCCGCAGCUGUUUGAGACGGAACAAGAAUCUCGGUGA